GUCAGGUGACGCUGCGGGGCGGGCGGACAGACUGCGGGGCGGACGGUGGACGCAGGGACGCGGGUUUAGUUGUGGCCCCACGGACCCGAGCCCCGCCGUCGUUGCCGCCAUGACGGGGCUAGCGCUGCUCUACUCCGGGGUCUUCGUGGCCUUUUGGGCCUGCAUGCUCGUCGUGGGAAUCUGCUACACCAUUUUUGACUUGGGUUUCCGCUUUGAUGUGGCAUGGUUCCUGACUGAGACUUCCCCCUUCAUGUGGUCAAACUUGGGCAUUGGUCUGGCUAUCUCCCUGUCUGUGGUUGGGGCAGCAUGGGGCAUCUAUAUUACUGGCUCUUCUAUCAUUGGGGGAGGGGUGAAGGCCCCCAGGAUCAAGACCAAGAACCUGGUCAGCAUCAUCUUCUGUGAGGCUGUGGCCAUCUAUGGCAUCAUCAUGGCAAUUGUGAUUAGCAACAUGGCUGAGCCUUUCAGUGCCACUGACCCCCAGGCCAUUGGACAUCGAAACUACCAUGCAGGCUACUCCAUGUUUGGGGCAGGCCUCACAGUGGGCCUGUCUAAUCUCUUCUGUGGAGUCUGCGUGGGCAUCGUGGGCAGUGGAGCUGCCCUGGCUGAUGCACAGAACCCCAGCCUCUUUGUAAAGAUUCUCAUCGUGGAGAUCUUUGGCAGUGCCAUUGGCCUCUUUGGGGUCAUUGUUGCAAUCCUUCAGACCUCGAGAGUGAAGAUGGGUGACUAGAUGAUCUGUAUGGGUGGGGCUGUGUCCCACUCUUAUUUAUUUGUGGUUUUCCUGGGACAGCUGGAGCUGUCAUCCUUGGCCUUUCAGGGGGCUUGUGUUCAAGAGCCCUCCCUGCAAUCACUUGUUUGUCAACUCGGAAGCACUGCCUGGCUGGAGCCUCAGUGUGGGAAGUGGGUCACUGAUGACCGUGUGCAGCUGUGCACCUGUGUCCCACCUCCACCCCUAACCCAUUUUCCCAGUGUUUGUGAAAUAAACGUGGUAUUUGUCUGGGUCA